UAACAUUAUGAGUCAUUUUAGCGCAGUUUCUGUCGUUCGGAACGAGUUGUGUUGGAGCAGUUUUCUCCCCAAACCCAGACGCUUUAACUUUGAUGUGUUUUUGGAUGAACUUUGGUGAAACAUAAACGAUUUUUUCUGCAGAACUCGCUCGCAUGUUUAGUUUGUGUGUUGGUGAAAUUACGGCUGCAAGGUUGAUGCAAACUGCAAGAGCUUUCCCAAACAACAGGAUGACUUCCAUGGAACCCCACGACUUUGAAGAAGAAGAAGAGGAGGAAGAUGAUGAUGAGAUACUCAGACAAGAAAAAGAGAGUUUAAACCCCACAGAGGUCAGGAUGAGUCAGAUUGUGAUGCCUUGCCACUGCAACCAUCGACAGGAGCUCAGCGUGGGCCAGUUGCUCAAAUGGAUGGACUCCACAGCCUGUCUCUCUGCCGAGAGGCACGCUGGGAGUCCCUGUGUCACCGCCUCCAUGGAUGACAUCCACUUUGAGCACACCAUCAGUGUAGGUCAGGUGGUGAACAUCCAGGCAAAGGUCAACAGAGCCUUCAACACCAGUAUGGAGGUGGGCAUACAGGUGAGCUGUGAAGACCUGUUCUAUGAUCGCCACUGGAGGAUUUGCCAUGCCUUUGCCACGUUUGUAACACAGCGAACAAACACGGGACAGAAAGUGACCCUGAGACCCAUAGUUCCUCAAACUCACAAGGAGAAGGUUGAGUACAGCAUAGCGGCUGAGAGGAGGAGGGUUCGCAUGGUUCAUGAUGACAUCAUCAAAGAUCUACUCUCCAGCGGCUCCAUUCAACAAGCGGACAGUUUGUCAGGAUACAAUGCAGUGCCGGCAGAAAAGACCAAAGUGGAAAGUGUAGAACUGGUUCUGCCGCCACAUGCAAACCAUCAGGUGAAUACAUUCGGAGGACAGAUCAUGGCCUGGAUGGUGAACGUAGCCACGAUAGCUGCCAGUCGCCUGUGUCAAGCUCAUCCGACUCUCCGAACUAUCGACAUGUUCACCUUCAGAGGACCUUCUAUGGUCGGAGACCGGCUGCUGUUGAGGGCUAUAGUCAACAAUGCCUUUAAAAGCAGCUUGGAGGUGGGAGUGCGUGCCGAAGCUUACCAGGAGGAGGGGCCUAACCGACACAUAAACUCCGCCUUCAUGACUUUUGAGGUGCUCGACAAAAGCGGAAAACCAUGCAAUUUACCACGGAUACGACCGGAACCUGUGGAAGGUGAGAGGAGGUUCCAGGAGGCAAUAGCCCGGAAAAAGAUCAGGCUGGACAGGAAGUACAUCAUAUCCUGCAAACAAAGUGAAGCUCCUCUGUCUGUUCCAUGGGAUCCCAGGAACCAGGUUUAUCUCAGCUACAAUAAUGUGUCGGCUCUGAAGAUGCUCGCCGCUAAGAAGAGCUGGCGCCUCAGCACAGAGAAAGACCAGGUGUGUCUGUACACCCUGGAGCAGAAGUCCAUGUUGAGCAUCAGAGUAGAAAAAGUGGUGGAUGUUCCUGCACCCACAGCCUUUGCUCUUCUUGCUGAGCUAAGCAACAGAACACACUGGGAUAUACAUUACAAGGAAUGUGAGCUGAUUCAGCGAGUGGAUGACGAUGAUUUCAUUUAUCGAGUGGUGACACCGUCAGUGUAUCAGGGUAAGGUGGGAUCCCCCACCUCAAGUCCCCAGGGUGAAGAGAUUCUUCAGGAUUUCAUCCUGCUGGCCUCAGUGAGGAAGCCAUGCAGCCCUGGAGAUCCAUACGUCAUUGCUCUGCGCUCGGUGUCUCUGCCCACCCAUCCUCCCUUUGACAAGUGUAACCGAGGAGAGGUCCUGUGUGCCGGUUUUACGAUCCUGGAAACGGAAAACAAUAAGUCACUGAUCAGUUAUUACAACCAGGCGUCUCCGGAGGUCCUUCCCUAUAUUUCCAAUGACGUUGCUGGCCUCUCCUCCUCUUUCUAUCACACCUUCUGCGCCUGCAGCAAGUACCUGAUCCAAAACAAACUGCAUCCCCCUGCUGAAGCGGACCAACACCAAACUCUGGAAACGCCAAGUCCGACAAAGACGCUGCACAGCACCCAACUGUAACCACGGCAACCCCCUCAGGGCAUCAGUGCUUCUGCAUCGCUCUGCUGCUUUCAAUGUGACCAUCAGCAUGUUUAUUCAGUGAAUGUUGACAGUUUGGUUUUUCUUAUAAUAAAUAAUUGACUUUUGUAUUAAGUCAUAAUUAUUGUAUUAAAA